AUGUCUCCAAAGUUACCUUCUUCACCUCUGUUCCCUUUGCUCAUCUUGUUGACACUUGCAUCCCUCUAUUUCUUCUCUUCAUUCCUUUCUCUCAAUCUACCUUCUUCUUCUUCUUUAACCUCACAAUCACAUGCAGUCUCAAACUGCAAUCUCUUCAGAGGUUACUGGGUCUUGGAUCCCAAUCGCAACCCACUCUACGACCACACAUGCCCCUUCCAUCGAAACGCCUGGAAUUGCAUCAGAAACCAGAGGCAAAAUCUGAGCUUGAUCAACUCUUGGAAAUGGGUGCCCCAUGGCUGCCAUUUGCCUCGGAUCGACCCGUUUCGGUUUCUGGGUCUGAUGAGGAAUAAGAAUAUUGGGUUUGUUGGGGACUCGCUCAAUGAGAAUUUCUUGGCUUCUUUUCUCUGCAUUCUCAGGGUUGCUGAUGAGGGUGCAAAGAAGUGGAAAAAGAAGGGUGCUUGGAGGGGUGCCUAUUUUCCCAAGUUCAAUGUCACUGUCUCUUAUCAUCGUGCGGUUUUGCUCUCCAAAUACCAGUGGCUGCCAAAACAAUCUGAAGCUGGGAUGCAAGAUGGAUCAGAAGGUAUUUAUCGAGUUGAUGUUGAUGUUCCUGCCGACGAUUGGGCUAAAAUCUCUGGCUUCUAUGAUGUCCUGGUGUUCAAUACUGGUCAUUGGUGGAAUUAUGACAAAUUCCCGAAAGAGAAACCUCUUGUUUUUUAUAAAGCAGGACAACCAAUAGUUCCUCCACUUGGGAUGUUGGAUGGACUUAAAGUUGUUCUUGGUAACAUGAUCCCAUACAUACAAAAAGAAUAUCCUGGAAACACACUUAAGUUCUGGCGUUUACAAUCCCCAAGGCACUUUUAUGGCGGAGACUGGAAUCAAAAUGGUAGCUGCUUGUUCAACAAGCCACUUGAGGAGAAUGAGCUUGACUCAUGGUUUGAACCCAGGAACAAUGGAGUUAACAAGGAAGCAAGACAGUUGAACUUUGUGAUCGAAGAGGCGUUAAAAGGAACAGACAUCCAAUUGCUUGACUUGACUCAUUUAAGUGAGUUUAGAGCUGAUGCUCAUCCGGCAAUUUGGUUAGGAAGGAAGGAUGCAGUCGAAAUUUGGGGUCAGGAUUGCAUGCAUUGGUGUCUGCCUGGUGUCCCUGACACAUGGGUUGAUAUAUUGUCACAACUAAUCCAUGAUGGUUUUGGUAGAACUGGUAGGUUAUAGAAACUGGAGAAGCUAUCAAAUUGCAUAUAUUGCACUAACAUAUGCUGAAAAAUUCCACUGGAGAUGUUGGGGGGCAUGCUGCGAAGUUCUGGGACCAAGAUUUGAGAAUAUUGAGUUGUGCAUGAAAUGUUCAAGACUGAUCUUGGAUGGAAGGAAAGCUUUGUUCCUCCAUAUUUGAUGGAAGAAGCAACUGAUUUGGUCGAGCAUAAGCUAUGCCGAAAGCGGCUCCCUUCGAAAUACCAUUCAUCAUAGGGCCCUAAUUUGUCAAAUACCAGCAUUGAAUUCUUUCA